AUGGCAUCCAGACCAGCCCCCGACGUCCCCGCCCACCACCGCCAGCGCCGUUCAGCAAGCAUGUCCGCCCAGCACCCCGCCCCCAUCCCCCAGCCCCGACAAAAGCCGAGAAUAGGCCAGUACAUUGUCGAGCGAACGCUGGGAACGGGGUCUUUCGGCAAGGUCAAACUGGCGACGCACGCUAUAACAGGGCAUCAAGUGGCGCUCAAACUGAUCAAUCGCUCCAAGAUUACCACCCCCGAUAUGAACGCCCGGGUGAAGCGUGAAAUACAGUACCUCAAGGUGCUGAGGCAUCCCCAUAUCAUCAAGCUGUACGAAGUCAUCACCACCCCCACGGACGUCAUCAUGGUCAUGGAGUAUGCUGGGGAAGAGCUCUUCAACUACAUCGUGCAAAAGGGCAAACAUGGAAUGACUGAGGACGAGGCCCGGCGGUUCUUCCAGCAAAUGAUCAGCGCUAUCGAGUACUGCCACAAACACCAUAUCGUUCACCGUGACCUCAAACCUGAAAAUCUGUUCCUCGACUCGAGAAGAAAUAUCAAGAUCGGAGACUUUGGGUUGUCGAAUCUGAUGACGGACGGUGACUUCUUGAAGACGUCUUGUGGAAGUCCCAACUAUGCGGCGCCCGAAGUGAUCUCUGGAAAGCUGUAUUCCGGCCCUGAAAUCGAUGUCUGGAGUGCUGGUGUGAUCAUGUACGUGUUGCUCUGCGGCAAAUUGCCGUUCGACGAUGAACAUAUCCCUACCCUGUUCAAAAAGAUCGAAAAUGGCGUCUUUCACAUUCCCAGCCAUGUCUCUGACCCCGCCCGUCACCUGCUCAAACGCAUGCUUGAAGUCGACCCCCUCAAGCGUGCGACUAUCUUUGAGAUCCGACAAAUGCCCUUCUUUGAGGAAAACCUUCCUCGCUACCUCCAGCCCUUACCCGAGAUCGCAGAAAUGGAGCGAUACCCCGCGCUGCCGAUGGACGACAUGACGACACUGUUGUUGAUCAACGAAGGCCAGGCGGACCCGAGAAAGGUGGCGGAGGAUAAAGGUCUGGUGUUUACAGACGAGCUGGGGGUGAUUGACCCGGAUAUCGUGGAGGAGCUUUUGACCAAGAUUUCGACGUAUAGCGCGGCAAUGGUUUGGGAGGCACUUCAAUCCCCAGGUGAUAAUCAAGUCAAGGUGGCUUAUCAGCUGGUGCGCGACCACAGACGAAUCUUGAAGGAUUCGAAUGCGUAUGAGGAUGAGGAUUCUUCGGCGAUGGAGGAAUUCAUGGCUUCGUCGCCGCCUGCCUGGAACGCAAAUAUUCCUCCUCCUUCGCAGACGCAAAAUGAAGAGAUGGAAGAACCCGACAUGGAGGAUGUGGAUCUGGAGAUCCAAGAUAUUCCCAAUGCGCACUUUGAUGUGCUGGAUAGCAGUCUUCCUGGGUGGAUGACUCCCCCAUCGUCAACGGCAUCACAAAUAUCCACUCCUACCAGCAACCUGCCCCCUCAAAACCAAAACACGGCCGAAGAAGCCGCCCGUGCCCUCCUCUCUCCCUCCCAAAACACAUCAACCUCGUCCUUCCCCCCAUCAUCCCAAACAUCCCAUCAGCCUCGCCGGCCCGACAAGAGCAUGUCGAAACCCAAAUGGCACUUUGGUAUCCGUUCGCGUUCCCCGCCUAUGGAGGUCAUGCUGGAAAUCUACAGAACGCUGAAUAUCUUGGGAAUGCAGUGGCGGAAGAAGGAGGUGCCUCUACCGGACAUUGGCGGUGCGCCGCCGGGGGGUUAUACGGAGGAGGUCGAGGCGGUGUUAGAAGAACUGAGGGAGAAGAAUGGUGGGGAGAGGCCAAUGAUGGGCAAGAAGCCGCCAAUCAAGAAGGAUGCUAUGGCGCAGGAGAAGGCGGCGCAGGGGCUGUACCAUGUCGAGACGAGGGCGAGGUAUGGAGAUGUCAUGGUUCGGAUGGACUUGCAAUUGUAUCGUGUUGACGACCAACACUACCUUGUGGACUUUCGGAACUUGGGAUACUACUUGGUCAGCGAAGCCGACAGGUUCAUGCCCGACGUCUCCAGGCAGGACGAUCCUUCCCCGCACGAGAGUAGUCAACACGGUAGCAUCGGCUCGGAAAAGAGGGGGAGCGGGAGCGCGCCGAGCGGAGGAGCUGGUGGUCCGGGGCAGGGGCAGGGGAAGGAGGCGAUUGGGGGUGUAUCGGGACCAUUCCAUUUCUUGGAGAUGGCUUGCCAGCUUAUUGCGGAGCUUGCCAGCGGAUAG